GAGGCUCCGCUCAGCCAACCCAGCUUGACCCAAUCAAACUCGUCACGCACGUCAACCAUCCUCAAAUCCCCAAAUCCAUCGAGCUCUCUCCCUUCUCUUGCUUCUUCUCCAGCCCUCCCUUUCCUUCCCACGCGAACAAAAGAAUCCAAAAAUCCCCAAAUCCCCCCCUCCCCUUCCACGCGUGCUACGCCCUCAAUCCCCAAUUCCCCACGCGGCCGGCCUCCCCACCAGCUCCCCCCAGCUCGGAUCUCCGCCGCCAGCAGCUCCGGCGUAAGAGGCCAUGGAGUGCGAGCCCGAGGAGCUGCAGUUCUUGGGCCCCGUCGGCAUCUACCGGGAGUCGGUGGCCAUCCUGCGCGCACACCGCCCGCUCUACGCCCGCAUCGCCGCCGCCUUCGUCCUCCCGCUCUCCGCGCUCUUCCUCGCCCACAUCGCCAUCUCCCACGCCCUCUUCUCCACCAUCGACUCCGACGACUCCGCCCUCGAGUCCUCCGCUCCCGGGACCGCCUCCCAGCAGCGGAUCCUCCAGAGGCUCGGCGCCGACUGGGCCGCCCUCGUCCUCUUCAAGGCCGCCUACCUCCUCGCGCUGCUCCUCUUCUCGCUCCUCUCCACCGCCGCCGCCGUCUUCUCCGUCGCCUCCGUCUACUCCGCCAAGCACGACGCGCUCACCUUCCCGCGGGUGCUCUCCGUCGUGCCCCGCGUCUGGCGCCGCCUCGCGGCCACCUUCCUCGCCGCCUUCGCGCUCCUCUUCGCCUACCACCUCGUCUUCGUCGUCGUCUUCAUCGCGCUCCUCGUCGCCACCGACAACGGCUCCACCCUCGCCGGGCUCCUCGCCUUCGUCGUCGCCAUCGCCUACCUGGUCGGGCUCGUCUACCUCAGCGUCGUCUGGCACCUCGCCAGCGUCGUCUCGGUGCUCGAGGACUACAAGGGGUUCCAGGCCAUGCGCAAGAGCAAGGCGCUCAUCCAGGGGAAGCUCUGGACCGUCGUGUUCAUCUUCGUCACGCUCAACCUCGUCUUCGUCGUCGUGGAGUUCGCCUUCCGCGCCUGGAUCGUCCAGGGCGCGCGCCACGGUCUCGGCGCGGGAGGGAGGCUGCUCCUGGGCCUCGUCAUCCUGGCUGCGCUCUGCUCGGUCGUCAUGGUGGCGCUCGUGGUACAGACGGUGGUGUACCUGGUGUGCAAGAGCUACCACCACGAGAGCAUCGACAAGAGCAACAUCUCCGACCACCUCGAGGUCUACCUCGGCGACUACGUCCCGCUCAAGGCCAGCGACGUGCAGAUGCAGCACUUCGGCGACGAGGUCUGACCCCUCCCAAAGAUCGACCUGCUUCUCUUUGCUCUCUUCUCUGUAAUACCACUACUAGUCUAGUCACACAGGAAUUGGUACAAUUCCAUUGCUGGUCAUUUAUAUACCCAAAACAAAACGAGAUGGGAAGGAAGCUGAAGAGAAGUAGGAUCAUUUGAUCAGCAGUUUCUCAGUAAUUAUACUCAGCUUUGCUAUGACACGAGGGACAGUUGGAUGUUGCUUGUAGUAAUUUGUAAUGGAGGGAUGGGAGUACAUGCUAGCUUGAUCGCUUGUGUGUACACUGAAACGAAUGAGGACAUGUUGUGUUAAUUAUGGAUA